UUUGCGUUCUAUCUCCGUGCAAUACUUGCGUGCCUUGCAGCGCAAGGUGUUCUGGCUCGGCUGCAGACCUUCAACUUCACUGUGCACAGUGCUCAACGCAGUCCAGAUGGGUUUUCACGUGAAGUCUAUCUCAUCAAUGGCCAACAGCCAGGUCCAAUGAUUGAAGUUGAUGAGGGAGAUGAUGUGGAAGUGUUCGUCAAAAAUGAAUUACCAGUUAGCACUACAUUCCACUGGCACGGGAUACUACAACGUGGGACACCUGAUAUGGAUGGUGUUCCGGGAGUCACUCAAUAUCCGAUACCACCUGGAGGGAAUUUCACAUACCGGUUUUCGGUGAAGAAUGAGUACGGAUUCUACUGGUAUCAUUCUCAUAUCCGCGCAUACUAUAAUGAUGCCGUACGCGGGCCUAUUAUGGUCCGGCCGGCGCCGUCCCGCCGUAGGCCAUUUGAAGGAUUAGUGGAGCACGACAUUGAUCGUGAUAGGAUGAUACAAGCUGAGAAAAACGCUGUCUCUAUCCUCUUGAAUGACUGGACCCAUGAACUUUCAGACACAAUAUUUGCGCGCUAUCUUCGAACGGGUGCCUUCCCUAGCUGCGUUGACAGUAUCCUUGCGAAUGGAUUUGGUAGGGUGGAAUGCCUACCGAAGUACGUCCUGGACGCUGGCCCUGGGUUAGGGAUAAGUUCACAACCGACUGCAGCGAACCAAUCUUCUGCCACAACAACGCUGGUAACCACAUCUGCGGAAAUGGAAAUGUCUGGAAUGGUGAAAAGGAUGGAUGACAGCACCAGUGACAACACCAUUAACCAGAUGACAAUGUCCACAAUGCGACCGUCUAAUCCGACCACAUCCAUGACAGGCGGGAUGAGCAUGGCCAGCUCAGCAAGCAUGGACCAGCCAAUGGGACUGGGUGCUCGCGGAUGUACACCGCCUAUGAUGUUUCGACCAGGGUACAAUAUUAGCACACUGCCGCUAGAGACCUGUGCGAAUACUACAUCUCCCCAGUUAACUAUCUCAGCAAAUGCGUCCCAGGGGUGGCUUGCUCUUAACUUGGUCAAUUCCGGAGCAGUCAGUGCUCUCAGGGUAUCACUUGACCGUCAUUCAAUGCAUAUUUACGCUGCUGAUGGUCUCUAUGUUAAAACGCAGGAGGUGCAAGUUCUGGAAAUUGCCCUUGGCCAGCGAUAUUCAGUAAUGAUAAAGCUCGAUCAGCAACCCGGUAACUACUAUCUUAGGUUCGCCACUUAUCCCAAUGGUGAUAUGCAACAGGUCCUGGAAGGCCAGGCUAUAGUGUCUUACUCUGCAGAUAGCAAGGAUAUUAAUCCACCAGACGUUUCGGUGGACCCAGCAUUCGUUUGGAUGCUGACCAAUGGCUCGGCCAAGGAGGGGGUUCGUGAACUGGCCGAGACGCGGCUAUCACCUUUCGAAGGCAAUAGACCCUCGUCUAAGGCUGCGGAUAUGUCGCGAUUUUUUACAAUCAAUCAGACUGACAUUGUGACCUGGGUUGUAAACCAGGAUCCCUAUACGGAGGCAAAGGUUCCACUUAUUUACGGAAAUGAUUCAGAUGGUUGGAACGCAAGCACUACUCUACAUAUGCCAUCUAACUCAUCUAUUGAUAUUAUCAUGAACAUCGCAAAUGACUCGCUGGAUACUAUGGGCCAUCCAAUGCAUCUUCAUGGUCACAAGUUCUGGGUUCUGGGUUCCGGCAGUGGCUCAUUUCCGUAUCAGUCCGUGGCGGAAGCGCCAUCAUCCAUUAUCAACCUCGAUGAUCCACCAUAUAGGGACACGGCGAAUUUACCACCGUCAGGAUGGCUAGCAAUCCGCUAUGUGACCGAUAAUCCUGGGGCUUGGAUACUUCACUGCCAUAUUCAGUGGCAUAUUGUGUCCGGGAUGGCGCUGGUCCUAGUUGAAGGCGAAGAUCGGUUGCAAAUGUUGGUCGGAUCGUCCAACCACUCAGCGAUGAAUCCGUCGGCCACAUCUGGCAGCAGUUUACCAAAUGCCGCCAAAGUAUUGCCUUUAGUUAGCACACUUAUCGCGUUUAGUGUGCUGUUUGUGGUCGGGUAA